UCCUGCUCAGGAAGCGCCGGUCUCCGGUGAGGAAUAAGAACCGCCACAACAAGCACAGGAUGCGCGCAAGCGAGCGCCUGGGGUCCGGGGGCAGGGCCAGGGCCAGGCAGCGAGGGGCGGCAGCGGGAGGCAGAGCCAUCACCCCCCGCACCCCGCUCGGAACCGGACGGGCACCGCGUCUCCGGGACGGCCCGACGCCUCCGUGGUCCGCCCCGACCGGCGGGGCCUGAGCCGGGACUGCCCUCCCCGGGGUGCCCGACGACCACCCGCCCGCCGCGGGGAUGGGGGCCGCCCUUCCCUCCCCAGGACUGGCACCGCGGGGCGCGCUGGCCGCGCUGGCCCUGCUGGCCCUGCUGUCCGGGGCCGGGGCGGACGAGGCAGCCGUGGUGUGCGCGGGCACCGCCUGCUACACUGCCCACCUGGGUCGGGUGGACGCCGACGAGGCCCAGCGGCGCUGCAGCCACAACGGGGGCAACCUGGCAUCGGUGCGCAGCCGGGACGAGCAGCUGAGGCUGCAGGCCGCCCUGACCCGGCUGCUGGGCGCCGGGACGCCCCAGCCCGGCCGGACCAAGUUCUGGAUCGGGCUGCGGCGCGCCAAGGGCUCCUGCGGGGCCACCGACGGCCCGCUGCGGGGCUUCAGCUGGGUGGGCGGCCCGGAGGGGGGCGGCCCGGACUUCGCCGACUGGUACAAGGAGCCCAAGAGCUCCUGCGUGGCCCAGCGCUGCGUGGCCCUGCUCCUGGAGCCCGGACGGGACGGCCCGUCCCAGUGGGCGGACGUCCCCUGCGGGAGCGCCGCCAAGCCCGGCAGCCGGCUGGAGGGCUACCUGUGCCGCUUCAGCUUCCAGGGCAUGUGCCCGCCGCUGGCGCUGGCGGGGCCCGGCCUCGUGGUCUACACCACCCCCUUCGGCCCCGGCGGGUCCGCCCUGGACGCCGUGCCCUUCGGCUCCGAGGCCCGGGUGCAGUGCGGCGAGGAGCCGGCCGGGCCGCCCAGCUACGCGGUGUGCCAGGCCCGGGGCGCGGGAGUGUUCGGCUGGCACCGCGCCGGCCCGCUGUGCGCCUCGGCCCGGCUCGGCUGCUCCUACAACCGGGGCGGCUGCGAGCAGGAGUGCCUGGAGGGCGGCGACGGCUCGUUCCGCUGCGGCUGCCGUCCGGGCUACCGGCUCCAAGACGACCUGGUCAGCUGCGCCCCGCGGGACCCGUGCGGCGGGCAGUGCCCCGGCCGCGCCCGCUGCGUGCCCGGCCCCCGGGGCCACGAGUGCCGCUGCCCCGCGGGCCUGGAGCCCGGCCCCGACGGCCGCGGCUGCGUCGACGUGGACGAGUGCGCCCGGGGGCCCGGCGCCGCACCCUGCACCCAGCUCUGCGCCAACACCGACGGCUCCUUCGCCUGCUCCUGCCGCCCGGGCUUCGCGCCCGCCGGCCAGAGCGGAGCCGACUGCGUGGACCUUGACGAGUGCCGGCUGGGCCGCCCCUGCCCGCAACUCUGCUUCAACCUGCCCGGCUCCUAUCGCUGUGGCUGCAGGCCCGGCUGGCACCUGGGCCCCGACGGCGCCGCCUGCCUCGCCGAUGGCACCGACCGGGGGCACGAGGGGCGGCCGGGAGAGGAGGAGGAAGAGGUGGAGGAGGAGGAAGAAGAGGAGGAGGACAAGGAAGAGCUGGUGGUGCUGGAGGAGAAGGGGGUCACAAAGGGUUCCAUAGGAAAGGCCCCUUACCUCUCCCCUUCUGCUUCCCCCUCGCCUUUUCUUUCCCCCUUCCCCUCCUUCGCCCCCUCACCGCCCUCCUCCGGGGUUGGCAGAGCCCCCCACGUGCCACCCACUUGGGGAAGACCCCCCCACCAGCCCCACCCGCCCAUCAGCCGAGCCCCCGGGCCCCGUACCACCACCAGCCGUAGGGGGGUCUCAGGGGCCCCAGGGACCCCGGCCUCCCCCAGCCCCUACCAUCCGGCCGGGAACACCCCCUUAGGGACUGCGGACAGCGGGGCUGGCACGGACGCCCUUGGGGAGCAGGGCGAUAGCUCGAGGCUGCUCCUCUUCUGCAUCCUGGGGGUCGUGGCAGUCAUCCUGCUGCUGCUGGCCAUUGCCCUGGGGGUGCUGUUCUCCCGCAGGAGGAAAGCCAAGAGGGCAGAGGUCAAGACCCCGCCCAGCACCACCGACAACUACUCCUGGGUUCCUGAGAGGGCCGAGGGCAGGGCUGUAGAGAAUGAGUACAGGUAAAGCCAGGAGGCCCUCCUGGAGGAGGAGGCAGGGAUGCUUGGGCAGGGGG